UCAUAUGACCUGUGUAUCAACUACAAUUUGUUGCAAAAGCAGAGAUCAAAAGGUACGUGUUGAAAGACACCAGGCAAGAUGUCUGGUCAGUCUGACAGAGAUCAUCCCACCCCUCACACCAACGCACCCACACAUCGUCCCAGCUCCACUAUGUCACGGCUGAGUGAUCGCACCUCACCACCGCCCAACUCCACACCAUCACAACGCACCACAACCUCACGAGGGUUGAGUUUCUUGUCAUCUCUAAUGGGCACUCUGAGACGCUCUCACCCACGACAAGAAUCACCUCCCCCUCCUCCAGAGGACCUCGGACUAAAGACACUACGACAGGUCUACAGUCAGUACAGAGAUAUUGACAACCCAGUGGACAAGGAGAAGCAACUGUACAAGAUUCUCCCUCUAUUUUGCAAGAACUGUGCUAAAUACAGUGGACAUGAACUGGUCUCGAAAUUUCCUGAGGCGUUUGAUUUUGCUGAGGGUGUGUCGCUACUGUUUGUACGUCAUGUGACUCAACUGGCUCAAGCAUCGAACCCAGCCAGGUCCGGAGUGUCCCUGCUCAAGUAUUUUGAGACCCCUGAUGAUACAGACGCUGGUUGGAACAGUGGAGCGGGUAUCACCAUUCUGAAGGCUAUACAUAUUCUAGCCAAUGGGACAGAGGCGCUCGUGACCUCUAUGACCUCUUGUAACCUGGCGUCAAUACUCGUGAGGUGUCUGCAGCUGUUCAUCAGUCUGCCUCCACCAGAUUCUCGAAGUAGGUCUGGUAGUUUGUCUCGAACCAACACUCCCCCUAAACCGACAAAUGACCAAGGAGCCACAGUCGAGCUACAACUGACAGACUCCCCGGAGACCUCCAAACGUAAGAACUUAGAGAGGCUCCUUCGGUCUGUGCUCACCUGUCUCCUACGCAAUCCCCCGGCCGUUGAGGACUUGGUGAGAUGUAGUGACGUGUCUCUGUUGUUUGGGGUGAUCUCCCUGCCUUGCCCCGCCCACAACAAGAUGUGGCGGAAGACGGCAGCCGAGUGUCUCAUUACUAUCUGCAGACACAGUCUCUCUGGCGAGGUGAUCAACUUCAUCCACAAGACUGGGUGUAUCAUGUUCAGUGUACGGAACAUAAAGACGUGUACGGAGACCCAACCCUCACUGGAGGUCGUGGAAAUGUUCUCAACUCUAUUCUGCUGUCUCAAGGACUCAGCGGAUUUCUCACAGGUAUUACUAGAGGACUUCUCCAAUGGGAGUGGCUACAAGCUUCUCUAUGACUACCUACUAAGACUGGACAGGUGUGACAAUGAGGAGAGCCGAGCAGCUGUCAAGAAUCUGGUACUGCUCAUUCAGAAUCUGGUUUUUGCCGGGUUUCUCAGUCUGGAACCGGCUCUCUCGGACCCUGGCCCAUUUCAAGAUCGUACAUUUUCCAUUCCAAUUCCAUCUGGUGACGGUGUAAGUGUCAGAAACAGUGACGUGUUCCAAGUGCUCCAAGACGCAUUCCUGAAAUCUCAUUCCAGUACGCUGGGUCUGGCGAUCGUGGAUGCUCUGGACUACAUAUUCAGAAAGGAUCAGGCCAACUACUUCAUUGUGCAGGACCACCACACACUGUCUAUGUUCCUGGAGAAACUGGUGGAACGAAACGAAGAUGUGCAAGCACACAUGUUCGUACUACUGGAGUAUGUUAUGAUGGAGCUGAACUACGUGGCCACUGCUGAACUGACCAGUAUCGGGUUGCUACUGACAAUGGACGAACACCCUCGGACUUUGACCCUUGCUCUAAAUUUCCUCCUAAAACUGAUCAGUCACGACACAAAAUUCAAGGUUGUGUUUCGAGAGGUUGGUAUUCUGAACAUGCUCUUGAAUGCUCUCAAAGUGUACGCCUCCAAACUGAGGGAGCAGGAACAAACUGAUGGUGCUAGUACCCCUAACAGUGUGUCGUCCCCCUCCCUCCCAUUGGGUGACCUCCACGGAGCUGAGGAGGAGUAUGCCUUCCUGCUCAUGGAGGCCAUUCGAGCCAUCAUUGAAGGCAAUGUGGCGAAUGGGCAGGUGUUUCGAGAACAGGGGGGCACCAGCUGUGCUCUGCAGAUGAUCAACUACCAGCAGCCGAGGAGAAUGGCUCUCAGACUGCUGACUCAGCUAGUUCUCUUGGAAGACGGCUCGGUGGACCUCAACGCCCUGCUCGACCAGUUAAACCAAUCCUCGCAAACAGAAGUCACCGUCAAAUCUGAGAUCCUCCACACAGUACUAGGAAUAUUCCAACUGGACAGCUCUAAAAAGUCGGCAUUUCGUGAAGUGUCUGGUUUCUACUAUCUCAUAUCAGUGCUCGCUAGUCUGAUUGGUGGAUUGUCACCACGGAGAUUCAACCCAUGGCUGGAAGUGCCCCGUGCCGAGGUGCUGAAACUGGUUCAGCUCGUGUUCACCGUCCUCACGUCUGCCAUGCAAGAUGACCCCGCCAACAGGAGCUUCUUUGACAGCAAUAUUCGUUUUGAGAGCUUUACUGAGCCUUUACUGUUGCUCGGCUGUUUCGACAUGAACUCAAAGAAUUUUAACUCCGCCAACCUCGAGCCACAUGACCACUCCGAGCUAUCGUGCACAGGCAGCUUCACCUCGUUUGAAGCAGAGUUCAAAAGUUGGAAACCACCGUGCGAUACUUUGAAUGAAGACUCUUUUGUGUAUUGUGCGGCUGAGAUAUUUCGUUUCCUGAGAGACAUGGCACUAGAUAUUCCAUUCAACCAAUCUACCUCUUUGUUGGAGGUGGCUAAUUUAGAGCGUAAGAGGGACCAGAACUUCUAUCGGAAGCAGAUCUCUAAAGUGGGUGGAGGAAACUCCACCCACCUGGUCCAUCCCGGUGCUGUUCUGUGUAUGGUGGACCUACUACCUGCGGUCAGACUGAGCAGGAGACCAGAACACAAGGGGGAGGGGCAAGGUGUGGCUAAUCUUUCAGUGGGUACAGGCGAGGGUGCAGUAACCAUGGAGACGCCCAGAGACCCAACUGUAGACAAUGAGGAGGGAAGAGCAGCACCUCUUUCGUUGACCACUAAGCUCAAAGGUCAAGAAAUGGAGCCUGAUGGCAUUGGUGGCCUGACACCAAGUGAAGCAGAAGAGUGGUGCGUAUUCCUGCAAGAGAAAGUGGUGUCUGAGGUCUACUCCAUCUCAAUAUCAGAGAGGAACCAACAAGUCCUCUGUCAGGUUGGUCUCCCCCAGAGGAUAAUGAACCGAUGUGAGGCUGUGCUGGGUAACGAGGAGCACCCUCUCCAUCAGCCACUGCAGAGAACCUUUGAGAAGCUGUCCUACCAAGCACUCACACCGUCUGACUUCAGAAACUUCCUUCGCCUUGGCAACCCGCUCUGUUGUUCACUCAACUCCAUCACACUGGAUGAGAUUUCACCACAGCAAAAAGACGUCGACCAAUCAGAAGAGCCGAUAAGUACAGAACAUUCAGCAACCAACACCGCUAGCCCUACCACCUCAGACUCUAAAAUUGAAGAAAAUUCAGCAUGCAACAAUGAACGUGACGCUUCGUCCAAUCAGAGUGAAGACGAUUCACAGCUGUCACAAAAUGAUGAAGCUCCGUACGGCGGCUCACUCUCAUUGGCCAGAAUCCAAAGCCUUGUUUCCAUGACUACGCCUCGUGACGGAGGUCAGCCGGGUCUCAUGGGACAGGUGCCCCCGUUCGUUGAGUUUGACCUCUCCAUCGACGGGUUCGGUUGUCUCUUUCUACCAAGUUUAUUCCCUCAGGGCAUUGACCAGGGAUCUUCGUCUCACCCCGGACCCCCCACUGUGGGCAACACGAGUGGUGUAGGCGGUGGAGGGGAAAGACCCUUCCCCCCGAACAGUGGGCUCACAUUCUCCACCUGGGUACAGAUCACUCGCUGUGUACCCGACUCCUCACAAACUGUGGGCCUGCUCACUCUCAGUCAGACAUUCCUCACUCACGACAAACAGCUGAAUCACUACCCCUGCCUAAGAGUGUUCCUGCGGCCAGAGGAGCGUACACUGGUGGUGAGCACGCAACCUCCCACAGAGCGUAGAGACCCCGCCCUGAGCGAGGUCAUGCACCAUGACAAGGACAAGUUUGAAGAGGCCGUUUUUCAAUGCUCAGCUUUGUUUCAACUCCAUUGCUGGAACCACGUUGCUGUGGUGGUGAAUAGGGACAGUGUGCUUCGAGACAAGGUGUUGAGGGGAAAACCCAAGGCCACUCUGUUCGUCAACGGGCAGCUAGUUGGGACCAAAAAGAUGACGAGUAUCCACCUGCUCAACCCGACGACCUUUGCCCUUUUUCAGCCGUUUCCCAGUGAAGCCACGCCCUAUCUCAUCAACGCCCACAUCGGCACACAUGUCACUCAACGUCACGUCUCACAGCUCGUCUAUCGAUUAGGGCCAACCUUCCUCUUUGAAGAACAAGUUGAGAUCCCUCGCACAGUGGUAUGCAUCAACAAGCUGGGACCAGGCUACUUUGGAUCCUUCCAAGCCCCAGUAAUCAGAGAUCAAUGGUCUACCCCACUGACCCAGUCCGAAGCAAUGCCGCCUCUCGUGUCAGAGGAUAAAGUAUUGUUCGGGAUAAUAGCUGCAGGGCGACCUAUUAUCAAGACCAUCCACGAACUGGAGAAGAUCUACAAUAGAGUGGACGUUCUCACCAUCGCUAGAGAGCUUUCUCUAUCGGACAAUGAUAACGUUACACCGGUAGCAUUGCUUAGCAACACGAGUAGUCACCUGUACGGUCCCUCUCGUACCCUCGGAGCUGUCAUGUGUGGUUACUCUGGUAUCAGGUCAUUUGAGCCUCAGCCUUUACGUUCCUUACUCUCGUCAGUGGGUGGGACCUCCGUCGUACUGGGUCUGGUAGCUAUGGCAACCACUGUGGACAGUCUGUAUGCGUCCAUGAAAGCCCUUGUGUGUAUAGUGGGGAACAAUCCCUCAGCUCUCAAGGAAAUGGAGAGGACAGGAGGAUUUCAGAUAUUGGGUAUGUUGUUACGCUCCAAGGGCAAGAUGAUCAACAGUAACAUCCUCCAUCUCACAUACACGCUGGUGGGCACGGUGGACUCCGCCCAUGAGAGUGCCUGCAUACCCAACCCUGUGGCUUUCAGUGACCUUCUGGCAGAUCUAUCGGUGUGGAGUGAAACCUCGGAAGAGAUACAGCGCUCUUUGUGGGGUCACUUCUUUGAGCUGAUAGCCCACAGCAUCCAGAGGCAGGCCAACGCCGAGCAGAUGCUCAAAAUGAAUUUGGUGUCAGAGAUGCUCUUCCAGCUGUUGGACGAGAGACUUACUGUGAAGACCAUCAAGGCUAUCUGUAACGUGCUCUCCGCUCUCAUGGGCAGCGGUCCAAGUCAAGAUGACAUCAGAAGGGUUGGACAAAUCCUUGCUACAACGUUACCUAGUAACAAGCACUCAGAUGAGAACACCAUCGAUCUCUAUGAAGAGGACACUGACUCUGCACACCUUGAGGUACCACCUACUGAGCAUGACCGGUUCGGACGCUUCCAUGGCAACGAGGGUAAACAGAGACGAGCUAUUGUGUUACGGAACAUCCUACUAGACGUUAUUCUGAGUCUGUUGAGCACUGAAAACAACAUGGAUCUGAACUCGAGGUUUGCUCAGCUCCUCUACUCAUCACUCGGCUUUGACUGGCUCAUGCUCUUCAUGGGCAAGUCCAUACACACUGAGACUGUGAUCCGCUCACUGCGCAUCCUUGUACAGUUGCUAUGCGAGCCAUCCCUUCAGGCCAAAUUCCAUGAGGGGGAUAUUUUUGGAAAUUGGGUGAUUGGAUUUGAGACGAUUUCUAUGGAGAUGACUCAGUUAUUGUCAAAUAGUCUCACGUAUUUCAAUCCCCUGAAGCAAGCAGUACACCUGCCUCAGAUACCAGUGCCUGGGGCCGUAUUGUUGUCACAGUUACUACCCCAUCAUGCAAGACUUUCACAGGUGUACCUUCUGAUGGUGUCCAACCUCCUCUGCCGGCCCUGUACAGACAUCCCAUUCUCUGCCAACUUCAACGUUGAGACCGUGGAUGACCUCUUUGAGUUUGACGAGGGGCAAUUGAAGGCUAAAAAGAAAAAGAAGAGGAGCCAAGUGUCGGGAGAUGCUGCACAUGUACUAUUGGCAAUGUCAAGAGCUCUACUGCACGAGGAAUCAUCUGAGCCUCAGUCACAGAGCAAGGCCGUGGAUCUCAUCAAAUAUUUUGAUCGUUUCUACCGCAGCUCACCUGACUUCAGAGCAGUAGCCACUACACUAGAGUUUAUAGACAGUCUAGCGGGUGUUCUGUUUCCUCCUAUCAGCUUUAGCGGAGGGGGACCAAGUGAGAGUGAGGGUGGGAGUGAGAAAGACGGUGACAAUGAAUGGAUUAUGAUAGACACCGAGCAGUUGCCUGGUGGCGUGCCUGGAUCACAUGACGUAAAGGAGCCAAUCAUAUUGCAGCCGGAUAACCUGGCUGUGUGUGCAGUGAUCAAGCUACUCAGAACCAUAGCCAUCGAUGGGUUUAGCUCCACAGUCCCUCCCACCAAGGACAACGCCCCCUCCUGCCCUAUACUAGAGAAAGUGCUCAACGCUACUCCAGCCGGAGUGGGUGUGGAGAUGAUCAAGAAGUAUCAGACAUUGGUACUACAGAGCAUAGUGGAGUACCUGCACACUGGUAACGAGGACGUCAUGGUUACCUUCAAGGGUGUAGUCUUCUCUGGCUCACUGCACGAGGCUGUCAGUGGUUUGUCUGUAUUUUGUGCUCGGCUUGUAGACAAAGUGUGGCAGGAGUACUACGUCAAUCCGGCCAGUAACGUGUACAACUUCUUGCUGUCCAUGGUGGAGCAAGCACGCCGCUCCCCUAAAGAACUCCCUCUGGGGGACCUUUACCGCAGCCUCAACAGACUCAUCCUAUACCAGGUGGCUGGCAUCCCAGCCUCAGAGGUUGAGCAGAAGGCUCUUAUGGACACUCUCUGUAUGUUCUCCAGUCAGGCACAACUCAUCUUUGAUGACACCAACGUGGACAGUGAGUUCCUCGAGUGCCUGACGUACUGUCUUCUCAAGAUAGCUCUCACCGAUGCACAUCAGUCCAAGAAGGACGUGGACGGAGCCAGUGCAGCGUCAGGGGACUCUGACCUCUGGGGCACACGGAUACCCUCAGGCUAUGUGCCAGGGUCCAUCGCCAUGAUGAAGAGUGGAGCCAAUCGUGUUUGGACCAAGAUGUUGGAGUACAAGAAGAGAGAGCUUGAGGUAUUCUUGUCAGUGGACCUCCCCUCACCUCCCAAGACUACCAGAGACCCACUAUCAUCUUCCGGAUCAGUGGGAAACCCAGUCAUGCUUAAACUCCAGAACUGUCGCCACUUUAUUAGUAACGGGCUCAUGAAGAGCUGGGAGGGGUUCAUCAGUGGGGAGAAGGCGUCUCUCGCCACGGAGAUAACUCAGAAGGAUGUGCGUCGUCCUGGCAGACUGAGAGGACCCACAUUCAAGGUUACAAAGAAGAAGAAAGGGCUGAGUGUAAACUCGGAGCAGGUGGUCCAUGAAUACAUAGAAGUGCUGUGUCCGCUGUUGGUGCUCGCUGCUCAGAAGUUCUUUGAGAGCCUCCUCAGGAAACAUCAGAGGAAUGUAGAGUAUCGCACUCGUAUAGCAAUCUCCGAGUGGAGCCAACUGGAGUACGAGUUGACGAGGGAGAGGGGGCUGUGGGGAUCUGAUGACUCCUCCCCCCUCGACAAGUGGAGACUGGACACCGUGGAAGGUCCCAACCGCAUGAGGAAGAGGUUUUGCAGGAAUCACCAAUUCUAUCAUUGUUACCCCCACAGUAGUCCCGUGCCAGCCGCUCUACAAGUGAGGUCAAAGUACAAACAACCUGUCAGUUAUGAUAGUGAACUACACGACAGACGAGAGAAGCUGUUUCAACACCCCACUCUAUUAGCCACACCCACUCAGAACGUCACCGGUUUCCAUGAUGACGAAUACGAGGAGUCACAUGAAAAGCCUACUGAAGCGGAUGAUCAAGAUUUGGCGCCUUCCCUCACGGUGUCCCCUCUGCACAGCUCAGUGGGUGUGUCCAGUCGUCAUGAGCUGUACCGUCCACCCUCCUCAGACAACCCUGUCGCUCAGACACUCUACAAAAUGCUGGAACCAGAAGAUAGGAUCUCCCACCAGUACUCGUGUGCUCGGCUGACAGGCUUGGACAGUAGAGGGGGUGUUUUAUUACUAGGCUCCACCCACUUUUAUGUUAUUGAAGGUGUGACCAUCUCCAAUCACGGGGACCUUGUCGACAUGGAAACAUCUCCUGAAGGUUCGUAUCGUCCAGUUGUUCCUGGUCACCUUGACAACAUGUCCACCGCCACCAGAUCCACUGAGAAGGCUGUGCCCAUAGAAUGCAUCAAGUGGAGCUACAACUCUAUCCGAGAGGUGCACAAGAGACGCUAUCUAUUGAGACACUGUGCCUUUGAGAUCUUCUCCUCUGAUGGUCAGAACCACUUCCUCAUCUUCCACACUCGACAAAGAGACAAGGUCUACCAGAAGUUGCUCUCUCUGGCCAAGUCCUCGCUGACUGACAAGAAAUACGUGGCUGGUCAGCACUCGGAGGCAGACCCGGAGCAAGGCUCUGGUUUGUUCUCGUUCCUCACUGGAGGGGGGAGGACCCUGCCCGACAGAUGGGCUAACGGUGAGAUCUCCAACUUUGAGUAUCUGAUGCACCUCAACACUCUGGCUGGCCGGUCCUACAAUGACCUCAUGCAGUACCCCAUCUUCCCCUGGGUAUUGGCAGACUACUCAAGUUUGACGGUAGAUCUGACAAACCCGGACACGUUCCGAGAUUUCUCCAAACCAAUGGGAGCUCAGAGCGAGGCCAGACUAAAGAGGUUCAUGGAGAGAUACAAGUACUUUGAGGACCCAACAGGUGAGAACACUCCAGCCUACUACUACGGCACCCACUACUCCAGUGCCAUGAUAGUGGCCUCGUUCCUCAUACGACUAGAGCCAUUCACACAGCACUUCCUCAAACUACAGGGUGGCCAUUUUGACCUUCCUGAUCGGCUGUUUCACAGCGUUCCCGACGCCUGGCGAUCAGCCUCUGAGUCCAACAUGGCAGACAUCAAAGAGCUCAUUCCAGAAUUCUUUUACUUACCUGAGUUUCUGGUCAACAGUAACAGAUUCGACCUAGGCACUAAACAGAGUGGUGUCCAAUUGGACAAUGUGGUGCUCCCUCCAUGGGCCAAAGGUGACCCUCACGAGUUCAUCAGAGUACACAGAGAGGCUCUGGAGAGUGACUACGUGACUUCCCACCUCCACGAAUGGAUAGACCUCAUCUUUGGCUAUAAACAAAACGGGGACGAGGCCCUAAAGGCACACAACGUGUUUCACCACUUUUUUUACGAGGGAGCAGUGGACGUAGAUAAGAUAGAGGACCCAGUAAAGAGAAAUGCGGCCAUCUCGUUCAUACACAACUUUGGGCAAAUGCCCAGACAGCUGUUUAAGAAGCCUCACCGCUCUCGGAAGUUGAAUACGCCUGCUGGUGGUACGGACUCCCCCAACAUAUCUGCAAGGUCAUUGGACGCCAGGAAGGUCUUCUAUAAGAAUGUGGUUCAACUCAUGCCCUCCAAGGAACCUGUAAAAGAGAUCAGAAGUGAAGUGGCUCAGAUGAUCUGUGUGUCAGACAACAAAAUACCCAUCGCAGUGGACCGUUACAAGUUAUUGCUACCCCCAAACUACACCCACUACUUCAUCUGGGGGUUCCCUGAUUACAGUGCUAGAACUGCUAACGUGGAAACAGACAGGGUGACUGGAGUGUUUGAGAGUUUGCACGAGGGUCGGAUAAUGUGUGCCGCUGCUGCUGAUGAGAACAUGAUACUCACCGGCGGAGAUAGCACAGUUGUGUGUGUAUGGGAGCUGAUCUCUCGGCAGAAAGAGAAGUCUUCAAUGCAGCUCCAUUUAAAGCACACCCUCCACGGACACACUGCACCCGUCACUUGUGUAGCUGCAUCGUCCAACUACAACCUUGUCGUCUCAGGAUCAAAGGACCAUACAUGCAUUCUGUGGGACAUUAAUAGCUUCUCGUUUGUAAGGCAGCUGAGCCAUCACUCUGGCUCUAUCGUCGUGGUAACCAUCAACCAGAUGAAUGGCAACAUCGUAUCGUGCACCAAGAACCAGGUGCGACUAUGGACUGUUAACGGUACUCUGUUGGCUGAGAGCACCCUCCCCAAUUUCAGCAACUACCGAAUCACUUGCUGCACUGUCUCCGAGUUUUAUGAGUGGGACAAGGAAAAUGUGAUCAUCACUGGGUCAACAGAUGGAGUUGUCAGGGUGUGGUCACUGGAGUACACCACCAGUCGCGAUGACGGGACUAAGAAGAGGAGAAGCAAGUCACUGGAGGCAUCUAUCAACGCAGAGGCUGAGAUGGAUACCUUCCCUCGGUCCCGAGUGUCAUCAGUGGUGGAGAAGCUGAAGGUGGCCACUCAGAGAGACAGGGCCAACUCUACACCUUCUCUGCCCAACACCACAGUGCUCAAAGCCAGAGAGAGUGAAUCAUUCCCAGACUUUAAUCCCGCUCACUUCGCUGAAUCAGCACAAACCACCCCCGCUCCUCCUGUUAAACCAGUAUUCGUUAAUGACCCAUAUGCACACAUAGAAGCAAGCAUUGAAGAUAGGCUGGACAGACAUGAUAUCGACUUACUACUAGACGUGAAUAGACACGACGAGGAAUUGACAGUAUCUAUCCCUGGAGAACUAAAGCAGGAGUCACAUGCCACUGAUAUCGAGUCAGAUGAUGGAUCAUGUGAUAUGGACACUGUACAGUUGCACAAACAACUGAAUCCUCAGUCACAUGAUCAGACUGACGGUGGCGACAUAGUGUUUACUGAUGUGGAAGAUAAAGUAGCCUUAGAAUCUAAACGCCUACCAGUCAACAAAGAAACACAAGAGGUCACAGGUGGAUCUAAGGCUGGGCCAAUAGAGGAAGCAAAGAAGGAAAUUGUGGAGCAGCCUAAGCAACCUCCUAAGCAACCUCCUAGUUACGAGGAGCUGAUGGCAGAGCAGAGAAGAAUUGAUGAGGAAAUGAAAAAGAAAACUGGGGUGUGGUUCCGUAAGCUGUCUCUGGUGCACACCCUCACCAUGCACACCUCCUUCAACAGGAAGGACAACGAUACACCUGCAGCUGUCACCUCUCUAUGCAUAUCAAAGGAUCAUCGCAGACUGUAUGUUGGAGAUGCUAGGGGAAGGAUAUUCAGUUGGACUGUCUCCGACAAUUCAGGCAAUGUAAUGGAGCACUGGUUAAAGGAUGAGUCAGUGGAUAACUGUAUGAGGUGUAAGAUUGAGUUUGGACUAAUUGAGAGGAAGCAUCAUUGCAGGGACUGUGGCAAGAUAUUCUGUGCCAAGUGCAGUCAGUUUGAGAGUGAAGUGAAGAGACUCAAGAUCACUAAGAAAGUGCGAGUGUGUCUUGACUGUUUUAGAAUCUUAUCCUCACCCACACCAACCAAACUAUAGUCACUUUUUUAACUAGUCUGCAAAAUUUUAUACUUCAAAUAAUUCUGCCUCCCAUUAAAUUGUGCACACAAACUUAAAAAAUCACGAUAAAAAAAUUAACCAUUAUUAAUUUGGAA